GGAAUUAUUUUUGUUUUUACUUUUUUAAAGUUGAAAAACAGAACCUCUGCUGUCUAUUCUGUCUGCGUCCGAAAGUUGGCAAAGAGAAAUCUCUUUUCUCUUUGACCUCCGCAGUAAAGGAGCCUGAGAACCUACACAAGAGUUGCAGAGUCAGCUUCAGCCUACGCUUCUCCUGCCUGGUCUCUGCAAAUCGACUUGGGUUUGCUUCAAUUUUUUCAGUGCACCGACUUUGGUUCGUGGAAUUUCACAAUUUCGCUUGGUAAAUGGAUGUUGGAGAGGUUAAUGGGUUCUGUGUUUUGUGGCUGAGAUUUAUCUCCUGAGGUGACCCCACUCCGGUGACAUUAAGUAGUUUAAAAAGAAGUAUUAGAGUUCAAGAUGAUGAUGAUGAUGAUGAUGAUGAUGAUAUAGCAUAUCUAUGUCUCUUUAUGCCUUGGUUUCCAUGUCGGGUUUUCUAUUUCUCUCCUAUUCUUAUCACCAAUUACGUUUUUGAUGUCGUCGAGAUUUUGUUGUAGAUUAUUUCUUAAGUUUGGGUGCAUUAAUUGAUGCUUCAGCUGUAAAAAAAUUGAUUCAUUUUCAGCUUUCUUUUUGGUGGGUUUUUAGCUCUUUCAGCAAUAGGGCAACGAUUUGAAGUUGAGAAUAGAGGUAGAAAAUUGGGUUUCUUUAAUCGUUUGUUCUUUCUGGUUGGCGUAGUCUGAGGGUUUGAAAGUGGGUUUGGCUGGAAUUUUUGUACCGUUCGGUUUUUGUACUAGUUUGUGGGUUUCAAUUCUCGUAAAGAUUUGGGCUUCACUUCCAAAUGGGAAUUAUAUGUUGAAAGUUGGUUUCCAAUAAUCUUUUGCUGUUCUAGAGCAGUUUACUGGUUUGGGUGAUACUUGUGUACAAGUUGUUGGGUCCAAGUUGAAUCAGUCGGUGAAAGGGGCAAAAUUUGUUGAAUCAGUUAAUCAGUUUCAAAUGGCAUCUAGAGUAGAGAUUGAGGAAGACACUAAUGAUAAAGGUAGCAUGUGGGUUUUGGAUCAGAAGCUUGAUCAGCCCAUGGACGAGGAGGCUGGACGGCUUAGAAAUAUGUACAGAGAAAAGAAAUUUUCGGCAUUAUUGCUUCUGCGGCUUGCUUUCCAGAGUCUUGGAGUGGUAUAUGGAGACUUGGGCACAUCUCCCUUGUAUGUUUUCUACAAUACAUUUCCCCAUGGAAUCAAAGACCCAGAGGAUGUGAUUGGAGCUCUUUCCUUGAUUAUAUAUUCCCUCACCCUUGUCCCACUCCUCAAGUAUGUUUUUAUAGUGUGUAGAGCGAAUGACAAUGGUCAAGGUGGAACAUUUGCUCUUUAUUCAUUACUCUGUCGACAUGCAAAAAUAAAAACUAUUCCUAAUCAGCACCGGACUGAUGAGGAGCUAACAACGUAUAGUCGUUCUACUUUUCAUGAACAAUCAUUUGCUGCAAAAACGAAGAGGUGGCUGGAGGGACAUCCAUCAAAAAAGAACGCAAUUCUUAUUCUCGUCCUUGUUGGCACUUGCAUGGUGAUUGGCGACGGUAUUCUUACUCCUGCUAUAUCAGUUCUUUCAGCUGCUGGAGGGAUAAAGGUAGACCACCCCAAUUUGAGUAAUGAUGUAGUAGUGCUUGUUGCUGUUGUAAUAUUGGUAGGUUUGUUUAGCAUGCAACACUAUGGUACAGAUAGGGUUGGAUGGCUCUUUGCACCAGUUGUACUGCUUUGGUUCCUCUUAAUUGGAGGUAUUGGUAUAUUCAACAUCUGGAAAUAUGAUAGCAGCGUGUUGAAAGCCUUUUCACCUACAUAUAUAUAUCAUUAUUUCAAAAGGGGAGGAAGGGAUGGUUGGACAUCACUUGGUGGGAUCAUGCUUAGUAUCACAGGGACUGAGGCACUCUUUGCUGACCUAGCGCACUUCCCGGUUUCAGCUGUACAGAUUGCUUUCACAGUAGUUGUGUUUCCUUGCCUUCUUUUAGCCUAUUCUGGACAAGCUGCCUACAUUAUGCAGAAUCAGGACCAUGUGGUUGAUGCAUUUUAUCGUUCUAUUCCAGAUAGCAUAUACUGGCCAGUGUUUAUUAUUGCAACUGCUGCAGCUAUAGUUGCAAGUCAAGCCACUAUCUCUGCAACUUUUUCAAUAAUCAAGCAAGCCCUAGCACUUGGCUGCUUUCCAAGAGUUAAAGUUGUGCAUACAUCAAAGCAGUUCCUGGGCCAGAUCUAUAUUCCUGAUAUUAAUUGGGUUCUUAUGAUCCUUUGCAUUGCUGUGACUGCUGGAUUUAAAAAUCAAAGCCAAAUUGGAAAUGCUUAUGGGACAGCAGUUGUAAUAGUCAUGCUGGCCACUACAUUUCUCAUGACUCUAAUUAUGCUAUUAGUAUGGCACUGCCAUUGGGUUCUUGUCCUGAUCUUCACUGGCCUAUCACUUAUAGUGGAGUGCACUUACUUCUCUGCUGUGCUGUUCAAGGUUGAUCAAGGUGGGUGGGUCCCACUUGUCAUUUCUGCGGCCUUCCUAAUCAUAAUGUAUGUAUGGCAUUAUGGUACAGUGAAACGCUAUGAGUUUGAGAUGCACAGUAAGGUUUCAAUGGCAUGGAUUCUUGGGCUUGGUUCCAGUUUAGGGCUGGUCCGGGUUCCUGGGAUUGGGCUUGUGUACACUGAACUGGCAAGUGGGGUGCCUCACAUCUUUUCCCACUUCAUUACAAACCUACCAGCCAUCCAUUCUGUUGUCGUUUUCGUCUGCGUGAAGUACCUCCCUGUCUACACGGUCCCAGAAGAGGAGCGAUUCCUCGUAAAGCGGAUUGGACCGAAGAAUUUCCACAUGUUCCGAUGUGUAGCGAGAUAUGGUUACAAAGACCUCCACAAAAAGGACGACGAUUUUGAGAAAAAGCUUUUUGAUAGCAUCUUCAUGUUUGUGCGACUUGAGUCAAUGAUGGAAGGCUGUUCUGACUCGGAUGAGUAUAGCUUGUAUACUCAGCAGACUGAGCAGUCAAGAGACUGCCUGUUGAACAACAAUGCCAACACAACUUCCGGUGUGGACCUCACUAUUUCAUCCGUGGAUUCCAUCAUGCCCCUGCAGGCAAGCAGUACGGUCAGGUCAUCAGGGCAAAUGAGUGGCCAGACCGAGGCCGACGAGUUGGAGUACCUGACAAACUGUAGAGACGCUGGGGUGGUGCACAUAUUAGGGAACACAGUUGUGAGAGCAAGAAGAGAUUCCAGGUUUUAUAAGAAGAUUGCUGUUGAUUAUAUAUAUGCAUUUCUUAGGAAAAUAUGCAGAGAAAAUAGUGUCAUCUUUAACGUUCCUCAUGAGAGUCUACUGAAUGUUGGACAGAUUUUCUAUGUAUAACUUUAGAACCACAAGCAAUAAUGACAAAUCAUGUAUGUCAUCUUCGGUUGAAGUAUUUAUUUUA